AGUCUUUUGUGGUUUUAGGCGGGCCGAAUUGCUCUUUAUUGGCGGGUCUGCUCUGCCUGCUGCACACAAAGCAGUUCAUCGCUCAUCCGGCAUCAGCAGACGAGAAAUUGAGUCUGUCCAGUUUUACCAGUCGAAGUGAAAACAAGCUCAGCAAGGUCAUACGUUCAUUGACAGAACAUCCAGGUUAAAUUCAGAAAUUGUAAAAGCUAUAAAAUGGUUGUCCCGAAAAGCUUGGAGGAGAAUGAGCCACUGCUGCGAGAAAAUCCAAGACGUUUUGUCAUGUUUCCAAUUCAAUAUCAUGAUUUGUGGAGGAUGUAUAAAAAGGCAGAAGCUUCAUUUUGGACAGCAGAAGAAGUAGAUUUGUCCAAGGACGCAAAUGACUGGGACUUUAAGCUUAAACCUGAAGAGAGAGAAUUCAUUUCUCAUGUACUAGCAUUUUUCGCAGCAUCUGACGGAAUUGUGAACGAAAAUCUGUUAGAACGGUUUAGCAAGGAAGUGCAGGUGACGGAAGCUCGUUGUUUUUACGGGUUUCAAAUAGCAAUGGAAAAUGUUCAUUCGGAAAUGUAUUCUUUACUUAUCGACACUUACAUCAAGGAUCCCACUGAGAGGGACUUUCUUUUCAACGCCAUUGAGACAAUGCCGUGUGUGAAAAAGAAGGCAGAUUGGGCGUUAGCAUGGAUUGCUAAUGAAAAUGCUGGUUUUGCUGAGCGUGUCGUCGCAUUUGCAGCUGUCGAAGGAAUAUUUUUUUCUGGAUCUUUUGCGUCCAUCUUUUGGUUGAAAAAGCGAGGACUGAUGCCGGGAUUAACGUUCAGCAACGAGUUAAUUUCUCGUGAUGAAGGACUCCAUUGUGACUUUGCUUGUAUGCUGUUUAAGCAUGUUGUUAAUAAGACCCCAGAGUCAAGAAUAGUUGAAAUCAUUACGGAUGCUGUGGUGAUUGAGCAAGAGUUUUUGACGGUGGCAUUACCCUGCGCCAUGAUUGGUAUGAAUCUUGACCUCAUGCGAAGAUACAUCGAAUUUGUUGCUGAUCGUCUACUGGUUGAACUUGGAUGCAAAAAGAUUUACAACUCUGAAAAUCCAUUCGAUUUCAUGGAGCACAUCUCCCUCGAAGGCAAAACUAAUUUCUUCGAGAAAAAGGUUGGUGAGUAUCAGAAAGCUGGAGUGAUGUCGACCAAGGAUGAAAACGCAUUUUCUUUGAACGCUGAUUUUUAAACUUUAAUCGUAGCAACUCAUAGUAUCAUUGAGCAUCACAUAUUUCUUACAUUGCAGAAAUAAAUCCGUAAUAUUUACUUUCUUUUGUUCAGAUAUUUAUAUGUUACAAGAUCGGAAAACAGCAUGAUUUGAGUUGUAAAUAUUUUAUUUUAACGGCAUUGGCUUUCUCUUUGCCCUAUUCUAAUUUCCCAAUUUGAAAUUUUAAAGUAUCUUAUUAGAUCAUGUUUACUCUCACUAGUUUUAUUAUUUUUUCGUGUCGUAAAUUAUUCUAAUCAGAAUAAUUACAUCACAAACCAGCCACCACUACUGCCGUGUUUUAGGAUAUUUAUUUUAUAGACUGAAUCAAGUCAACCAAAUCCCAAUGUAUAUUUAUUAACCUAUUGACAGACUUGCUAAUCAAAAAUUGUACCUAAGUGCUUACAGAUUGGCAUUCAAAAUCAAAGUGUGAUAUAUAGUUACGCAAAGCUCUCACGUUUGACGUUAUUCGUCAUAAAUAAUAGCAUUUUUAAGGCUCGAAAUUUCCAGCGACAAAUAAAUUUUUGUAUGUAUUGUAA